AUGUGCAGAGAGGCACAGGCCCUUCUGACGCAGACGGCCAGGGAAAAGGGUAUUGACAUUCUGUUCUGCAGCGAGCAAUACAGAAAAAUCGACCUAGGUUCCUGGUAUCAAGAUAAGUCGGGUAGGGCAGCUGUCCAGGUGUGCAAUCCCGAACUGAGGGUUGACAGAUACCUGGAGACGAGCAGUGGAUUUGUCUGGGUGGAAGUUGGAGACAUACGAAUGUAUAGCUGCUACUUUUCGCCUAAUGAUCCACUGACGGACUUCGAAGCCGACAUGGAAGAACUCGAAUCGAGCCUUAGAGAAUCCAGGUUGGAUGUACUUGUCACUGGCGAUUUUAAUGCUAAGUCGCCGGAGUGGGGCGAGUCAAGGUUCGAUAAAAGAGGCAAAGUGAUCGGAGAAAUGGUCUCCAGAAACAGUUUAAUUACUGUGAACCGGGGAGGAGCUUGGACGUUCAGGAGGGGUGCAAUCGCAUCCAUCAUUGAUCUUACGAUAGCAUCAACUCCCUUAUUCAAACGCAUAAGCUACUGGCAAGUCUCUGAGGAGUAUACCGCAAGUGACCAUCAGUAUAUCGAGUUUUCGGUCUCAGUGGGAGACACAGGAGGAGGCAAAAGACAGGAAGUUCCGUGUCGAAAGUGCCCCUCAUGGAAUGUGAAGAAAAUCGAUAAGGAGAAAUUUGUCCGUUUCCUAGAAGAAGCCCGCCUUAUUAAGCAAUCGGGAUAG